GAAGAUAAAAACAAUCUUAAAAAUAAAUAUCUGAAAUUACAACAAGAACAACAAAAUAACAGAAAUGAAGGACUAUCGAUAAUAACAGAAUAUAACAGAGAUCCUAUAGAAAUAGGAAUAAACCAAGAAUCAGACUCACCAUACUUAAGACCAGUAAUAAGUAGACCCGGAACACCCAGUUAUAAAGGGAAAACACCAGACUAUGGAUAUGGAAAUGAGGAUAAAGAAAUUAAUAUAUUGGAAACAGAACCA